AAGAAAAAAAUGGCAGCAGAAAAUCUCACUGUUGUGGUGGAGUUCAUUCUGCUUGGAUUUUCUGACCAGCCCAAGCUCCAAGGGUUUCUGUUUGGAAUAUUUUUGGUCAUCUACUUGAGUAUUCUGAUAGGAAAUGGUCUCAUCAUUGUUAUAACUAAAGUGGAUCCAGCCCUUCAAACCCCCAUGUAUUUUUUUCUUGGAAACUUUUCUUUCUUAGAAAUAUGUUAUACAUCAGUCACCCUACCCAGAAUGCUGAUAAAUAUUUGGACAAAGAAGAGAAAUAUAUCUUUUGUGACUUGUGCUAUACAACUUGGAUUUUUCCUUAUCCUGGGAAACCCUGAAUGCUUACUCCUUGGUGUAAUGGCAUAUGACCAUUAUGUGGCCAUUUGUAAGCCUCUUUAUUACCCACUAAUCAUGAACCAUAACUUAUGUGUCCAGUUAGUGGCUGGCUCCUGGAGCAUUGGGAUCCCAGUCCAGAUAGCACAGACAUACCAGAUUUUCUCUUUACCAUUCUAUGGUUCUAACAAACUCGACCAUGUUUUCUGUGAUCCCCGUCCAUUACUGAGGGUGGCCUGUAAGGAUACCUUUGUCAAUGAACUUUCUAUCUAUGCCAGUGCUAUGCUGUUUGUCAUGAUUCCGUUUCUGCUGAUACUCUGGUCUUACAUAAAAAUCAUGCCUGUCAUCCUAAAGCUCCCAUCAAUCACAGGAAGGUACAAAGCCUUCUCUACAUGUUCUUCUCAUGUCAUGGUUGUUGGAUUAUUCUUUGGGUCUAUAAUUAUUACAUAUUUACAGCCUAAGUCUAGCCACUCUGUAAAAAAUGAAAAAAUCUUCUCUCUCUUCUAUACAAUUUUGACUCCUAUGUUUAACCCUCUAAUAUAUACUCUAAGGAACAAAGAUGUUAUUGUUGCGCUGAAAAAGUUACUACCUAAAUGUGGAGGGACAAAGAAUAGAUAA